AACGCGGCGAGACGAUCGGGUAAAAAAGAACAAAGAGGAAACAGACGCGAAGACAAAGGGAGACGAAGAAAAGCGUCGUCCACGACGGCGCGUUGUCUUCCUCUCCUCCUGUUAACUUCCUACCCGCCGACAAUUUCAUCGGCACGCUCGAGUUGCCCAGCGGACAUGCCGUUGCGUCCCCUAUAAAAGCGAGGGUAGACCAUGGCGGUACCAGUGUGCUCACUGCCGACCAACAUGAACAGCACCGACAAGCUGAAAGUACUACUCCUGUGCGGCCUAGUAUUAUCGGUCGUAGCCGAGGAGGCGAAGAAGACCGAGUCUAGCGCUCAGCCCAAGGAGGAAAAGUCGAAGCGCGGAUUGGAGCUGAGCCUAGGUGAUCAUGGUGGUUUCGGAGGCGGUCUGGGCGGUGGCCACGGUUUCGACGGUGGAUUCGGAGGCGGCCUGGGCGGUGGCCACGAAAUAAUCUCCCAUGAUCACAUCAAGGCGGUGACGAUCACGAAGCACGUGCCAGUGCCGCACCCGUAUCCGGUAGAGGUCACGAAGCACGUGCCUUACACGGUGAAGGUGCCGGUCAAAGUACCCGUCGACCGCCCGUACCCAGUUCACGUACCACAACCUUACCCGGUGGAGAUCACGAAGCACGUGCACGUGCCAGUGGAGAAGCCAGUGCCCUAUCCAGUCAAAGUACCCGUGAAGGUGCCCAUCAAGGUACCCUACCCGGUUAAGGUACCAGUCAAGGUUCCGGUCGAAGUGGCGAAACAUGUGCCCUACCCGGUCAAGGUACCCAUAGUCGUUAAAGAGCCUUAUCCCGUGGUCGUCAAGGGCCACGACGAGGGUGGUUUCGGCGGCGGUGACAUUGGCGGAUUUGGCGGAUUUGGCGGCCACGGAUUUGGCGGCCACGACUUCGGCGGUGACUUCGGCGGAUUUGGACACCAUUGAGAAAAAUGAGCGCGAGAAGAAGCGAAGACUACGUCGUCUUCCCCUUUUGUUUGACGUCUCGGGGUCCAGGAGACCAGGAGAUCUAUUCGAGGGAUCGAUCGUCGAAGGAUCGAGGAGCGAUCGGCAGAAGCUGCCACAUCGUUCUAAUAGAAGUCAAUGCGCAAAUAUUGUAUUCUUCAUGAUCCUAUCCUCGAAUUGUACUAUACACCCCGUUAAAUGUAAAAAUGAAUAAAGUAUUUUUUUUACGUAACGGUUGCUUACGAAACACUUGAAUGAUG